CGAAUUUGCGAGCACGUGCGUUUCAUGACUUUCAUUUCUUUUUUUUCCCUAUUACCGAAAACUCACACAUUGAAAAAAUGACAGAAACAAGAGUGAGAAAAAUUUACUUAUCAAAGAUUUUCUUGGACUUUCCUACACAUACCGAAUUUUCACGAGGUUUUUCGUGAAUGUUUUGAUUCCAUAUCAUUCACAUUUGUCUGUCAACAAAAAAAAACCGGUGCGCGUCUUUAGACAUUGUCGACUUUUUAAAGUUAUCUUGCGAAAAAGAGAAGAAAUUAUGACUGCGCGAAUUUGUCAGCAGGUUUUUGAACAGUAUCAAAAAUCUCGAAUGCAGUUUGUACAAACAGUAGCAGACCUUGCAUCAAAGUCUCACAAUGUAGAAUGCCUCGAGAGAGCUGGUGUUCUAGAGACAGUGUGUCCUUUAAUUAACGACAUUGUGCCCACAAUUAGGCAGACUGCUGUAAUCACUUUGGGUAGAUUAGCAAGUCAUGAUAUAAAAAUUGCCCAAGCUAUUCUGAGGAAGGACGUGGUGCCCUGUAUAUUAAAAAAUUUAGAGAAGCAAAAUAAAUUUUACAAAAAAGCGGCACUUUUCAUUCUACGUUCGAUAGCGAAACAUUCUGCAGAAAUGGCGGCAGUUACUAUAACUGGAGAUGGAUUAAAUGCAAUUAUUUUUGGUCUUGAAGAUUUUGAUCCUGGAGUUAAAGAAGCUGCAGCUUGGGCAGUUGGCUAUGUGGCCAGGCAUAAUACAAAUUUGGCUCAAACUGUAAUCGAUGCUGGUGCAGUCCCUUUGCUUGUUCUCUGUCUGCAAGAGCCUGACAUGUGUUUGAAACAGAUUAGUGCUUCUGCACUCUGUGAUAUCAGUAAACAUACUGUAGAACUAGCUCAAGCUGUUGUCGAUUCUGGAGCGAUUUCAAUUUUGGCGAAAGCCUUUUCCAAGCCUGAUGCCAAAUUAAAGCGACAGGUUCUCUCAGCUUUGGGAAACAUUGCAAAACAUUCAAUAGAAUUUGCAGAAUUUGUUGUGGAGGCUGAAAUUUUUCCAAAUGCUUUAAUUCACAUGGCUCAUCCCGACGAAAAUGUCGUAAAAGCUGCUGCAGUUCUUACAAGAGAAGUCUGCAAACAUACCUUCGAAUUGGCAGAAUUAAUUGUCAACACUGGUGGAAUUGCAGCCCUCGUAGAAUUAAUAGCCACUGCAAAGUCUGCAAGAGUGCCAGGAUUAAUGGCUAUCGGAUAUAUUGCUGGUCAUUCAGACCAAUUAGCUUUAGCUGUUAUCGAAUCACAAGGACUAAUACAGCUGGUUUUUGUCCUGGAAGAAGAAACUGAAGAUCAUGUCACAGCAAUAACUGUUUGGGCUUUAGGACAAAUCGGAAAGCACACAGCCCAUCAUUCUAGAGCCGUUGCAGAGGCCAAAAUCUUCCCUAAAUUACUUUCGAUUUACACGAAUCCAAAAUCUUCGGAAGAUCUAAAAUCAAAAUGCAAGAUGACUUUGAAACAAGUUUUACAAAAAUGUACUUAUGUCGAAGCAUUGGAACCUUUACUUCACGAUGCACCUUCAAAUAUUCUGAAAUAUAUCAUUGGCCAAUUUAGCAAGAUUCUGCCGAACGAUGCAAGAGCCCGCCGUUUAUUUGUGUCGACGGGGGGAUUAAAAAAGGUUCAAGAAAUUCGAGCAGAGCCCGGCUCCACCCUUUCUGAGUACAUUACAGUCAUUAACUGUUGCUACCCAGAAGAAAUCAUCAGAUAUUAUUCACCUGGUUUUUCGGACACUUUAUUGGAAGCUGUAGAUGAGUACCAACCAAGAUGUGCAUCCCUUUUUGCCAUGGAGCAACCAUCCUCCCUACACACGGAUUCAAGUAUAUCGACACGAUUAUAAGGCCGUGGAAAUUUUUUAAAAAUUAUAUCGACUGUGCGAAACUAUUUUAAAAAGCUAUAUUCAAAAUUUUGUUAAGAAAUCGAACUAUUUCAUUUGCCUAGUUUUUUCCUCACAAAAAACUUUUGUACCUAAAAUUCAAGAGCUUUUUUUAUGGAAGACUCCAUUUAAGACCCUAUACAGAAAUUAAGAUUCUCCGCAUCAACUUUUCUAAUAUAAAGUUAAAAGUUUGUUAAGAACACAUUUGUAUUUUGUUUGUAACAUUCAAAGUCUCUCAAAAUCUUGACCAAAUGUUUUCAUAGAAUAUAGAUGAAACACUCGAUGAAAAACAAAUUUUCAAGACAAAAAAACUGAAAUUUAAGAAAAUUGAUUUCACCACUUAGAAAAAAAACAGUAAUUCAAUAAAUUUUUAAAUCAUUGCAUUUUAUAGAAUUUUAUCAAUACCGAAUGUAUACACAUAUCUAUCGAUCUGGCUUAGAGAACAACAUUUUAAGACUAAAAUAAACUUUCUACAAAAAGGUCUUUUUUUUAACCCUGGCUUGAAAAAGCUCGAGUUUAAGGUUCUAUUUGCUUAAACCCUUUAAUUUUGCAUAAAUAAUCAUUCUGAGAGGCGAAAAGGAAUAAAAGAAAAAUAGUUACAGUACGUUAAAAAAUUUAAACGCCUAAUUUAAAAAGUAUGCAUUCUGUUCCCGAUUUGAUAGAAUCGAAAGUAUAUGGGUGAAAAUAAAAAAAUGCCUUGAGUACUAAUUAUUUAAACUUUAUCUAGUAACUGAGAAAAAUCAUUUAAAUAUGCCGGAAUGCCAGUCCGGUCAUACGGAAGUUUUUAACCCUAGAUAAUGGUUAAUUAAAAAUAAAAAUAUUGCUAAGACAA